AUGCAACUCAAGACUCUUCAGAAGCUGGAGCUGCCGGCCGCAGCGGACAUGCACGUCCAUUUGCGCCAGGGCGAGAUGAUGGACGUGGUGGUGCCGACGCUGGAGCAAGGAGGGGUUGACACUGCUUUUGUUAUGCCGAAUCUUGUGCCUCCUUUGACAACUGUUGACCAAGUCGUUGAGUACCAAGGCAAGCUCCAGGCUAUUGCGCCCAAUGUUCAUUUCCUCAUGUCUCUCUAUCUUCAUCCUUCAGUCACACCAGAGACGAUAGAGAAGGCAGCCCAAGCUGGAGUUACCGGUGUCAAGUUGUAUCCUCAGGGCGCAACCACCAACUCUGAGCACGGAGUGGCAAAUAUUGAAGCAUUUUAUGAUACCUUUGCCGCCAUGGAAAAGCAUGAUCUUGUGCUCAACCUUCAUGGAGAGGUCCUGGAGGCUUUGGCUCCGGAGGGCACAACUCUAGAAGAGGCCUUUCUCCCCACUCUCAAGCAGCUCCAUGAGAGGUUCCCUAACCUGCGCAUCAUUCUUGAACACUGCACCACAGCGGCUGCCGUAGAGGCAGUCAAGGCUUGCGGAUCGAACGUUGGAGCUACCAUUACCGCUCAUCAUCUUUACCUGACAGAGGCCGACGCCUGCUGCGACCCCUUUGCAUUCUGCAAGCCCAUCCCCAAGAAGCCCACCGACAGGGAUGCCCUUCUCAAGGCCGCCGUCAGCGGCAACCCCAAAUUCUUCUUUGGAAGCGACAGCGCUCCUCAUCCAAUCACCUCCAAGACCUCCGCUGCCCAAGGCAAAGCGCCAGCCGGUGUCUUUACGCAACCUUACGUGACGCAGCUCGUGCUCCUGGGAUUGGAAGAGGGAAUUGAGCGUGGUAUCAUCAGCGAAGAGGAUGUUACGCAAGAGAAGCUUGAGGGAUUCCUCAGCAAGUUUGGACGACGCUUCUAUAAGCUGCCCGAAACCUCUGGAAACUCUCUCUUGCUAGAGAGGAAGGGCGAGAAGAUUGCAACGAGCGUCAAGAGCGAGAGCGGAGCUGUAGAGGUUGGCGUUUCGAGAGCUGGUGCCGAAGUCUUUAGUCUGGCGUGGGUGAGAAAGGCAUAG